GUAGAACUCAAGGUGUUCUUGAGGCAGACUCACGUUGCUUGUCCUGUUGCUGGUGCUCACUUCCCUGCCGGGUUAGGGCUGCUCUUGGAGGGGUGACCUGUGGUCCCAUUGGGGUGAAUUGUGGAAGGUGUGCAGGAUGGCUCCACCUGAGACAGGGGAUGAGCUUGUUUUCUUUGUGAAUGGUAAAAAGGGGGAGGUGAGCAAGAACUGUCUUGAUGGAUUAGAUAUUGAGCUAUGAAUCAUGUUGUUCUGGGCAUCAGACGAGAGAAGCUGUUGUCUCCACCCAUGAGGUUUUAAAAUAUCUUAAGAACAAAUCACAGCAGGUGGUGGAAAAAGAUGUGGACCCAGAAACAACUCUGCUGACCUAUCUACGAAGAAAACUGGGCCUAUGUGGAACCAAACUGGGCUGUGGGGAAGGUGGAUGUGGUGCUUGCACUGUUAUGAUAUCCAAGUAUGAUCCCUUCCAGAAGAAAAUCCUCCACCAUACUGCCAAUGCUUGCCUCUUCCCUAUCUGUGCUCUGCAUCAUGUAGCUGUAACUACUGUCGAAGGCAUAGGAAACACAAAGUCCAGGUUGCACCCAGCCCAGGAGAGAAUAGCAAAAAGUCAUGGGUCCCAAUGUGGCUUUUGCACUCCGGGCAUUGUUAUGUCCAUGUACACAUUGCUUCGAAACAAACCCAAACCCAAAAUGGAGGACAUAGAAGACGCUUUCCAAGGGAACUUGUGUCGGUGUACAGGAUACAGACCCAUUCUGGAGGGAUACAGGACUUUUGCUGUGGACUCGAACUGCUGUGGCAAAGCAGCCAAUGGCACUGGAUGCUGUCAUAGUAAGGGAGAAAACAGCAUGAAUGGGGGUUGCUGUGGAGGGAAAGCCAAUGGCCCAGGCUGCUGCAUGAAUGAAAAAGAGAACGUGACAAUGAUGUCCUCCAGCCUGUUUGAUUCUUCCGAGUUCCAGCCAUUGGACCCCACACAGGAACCAAUCUUCCCACCAGAGUUAAUGACUCAGAGAAACAAGGAGCAGAAGCAGGUGUGUUUCAAAGGUGAACGCGUGAUGUGGAUCCAGCCUACGACUCUCCAGGAGCUGGUGGCACUCAAAUCCCAAUAUCCCAAUGCCAAGCUUGUUGUGGGGAACACAGAAGUGGGUAUUGAAAUGAGGUUAAAGAACAUGUUGUAUCCAGUGAUACUAGCACCAGCAUGGAUUCCUGAGAUGAAUGCUGUUCAACAGACUGAAACAGGGAUCACCUUUGGCGCUGCCUGUACUUUAAGCUCAGUAGAAGAGGUGCUGAGAAAAGCGGUGGCAGAGCUUCCUUCUUACAAAACUGAGAUUUUCCAGGCUGCCCUGGAACAGCUGCGGUGGUUUGCAGGGCCACAGAUCAGGAAUGUUGCAGCUCUUGGUGGGAACAUAAUGACAGCAAGCCCAAUCUCUGACUUAAACCCUGUGUUAAUGGCAAGUGGAAGCAAACUGACUCUGAUAUCAAUGGAGGGCAAGAGGACUGUCAUGAUGGAUGAGAAGUUUUUCACUGGAUACAGAAAAACUAUAGUUAAGCCUGAGGAAGUGCUGCUCUCUGUUGAGAUACCCUACAGCAAGGAGGGUGAAUACUUCUCAGCUUUCAAGCAGGCUUACCGUAGGGAGGAUGACAUUGCUAUUGUGACCUGUGGAAUGAGAGUCCUGUUCCAACAUGGCACCAGCCGAGUGCAGGAGGUCAAACUAAGCUAUGGCGGAAUGGCUCCUACAACCAUCCUGGCACUAAAAACUUGCCGAGAGCUCACUGGCAGAGACUGGAAUGAGAAGCUGCUGCAGGAUGCCUGCCGCUUGCUGGCAGGUGAGAUGGACCUGUCUCCUUCUGCACCUGGUGGGAUGGUGGAAUUCCGACGCACGCUCACACUCAGCUUCUUCUUCAAAUUCUAUCUGACCGUCCUUCAGAAGCUGAGCAAGGACCAGAAUGGCCCUAACAAUCUGUGUGAGCCUGUCCCCCCAAACUACAUCAGUGCUACGGAGUUGUUUCACAAAGAUCCCAUUGCAAGCACCCAGCUCUUCCAAGAAGUGCCCAGGGGGCAGUUGGUGGAAGAUACAGUGGGCCGGCCUUUGGUGCACCUUUCAGCAGCAAAACAAGCAUGCGGGGAGGCCGUUUACUGUGAUGACAUCCCACACUAUGAGAACGAGCUGUAUCUCACACUGGUGACCAGCACCCAAGCCCAUGCUAAAAUCCUUUCUAUAGAUGCAUCUGAAGCCCAGAGUGUCCCUGGGUUUGUGUGUUUUGUCUCUGCUAAGGAUGUUCCUGGCAGUAACAUCACUGGCAUCGCUAAUGAUGAGACUGUCUUUGCUGAGGAUGUGGUCACCUGUGUGGGUCACAUCAUUGGUGCAGUCAUUGCAGACACACAGGAACAUUCCAGGAGAGCAGCUAAAGCUGUGAAGAUUAAGUAUGAGGAGCUCAAACCGAUUGUCACAAUUCAGGAAGCUAUUGAGCAACAAUCCUUCAUUAAACCUAUAAAGAGGAUUAAAAAGGGAGAUGUGAAUAAAGGAUUUGAAGAAUCUGAUCACAUUUUGGAAGGAGAGAUGCACAUUGGUGGACAGGAGCAUUUCUAUCUGGAAACUCACUGUACUUUGGCUGUGCCCAAGGGGGAAGAUGGUGAGAUGGAACUCUUUGUGUCAACCCAAAACUUAAUGAAGACACAGGAGUUUACUGCUAGUGCACUGGGAGUCCCAUCAAAUCGCAUCGUGGUUCGAGUGAAAAGAAUGGGUGGAGGAUUUGGAGGAAAAGAGACUAGAAAUACUAUUCUGACCACUGUAGUGGCUGUGGCAGCCUUCAAAACUGGCCGACCCGUAAGGUGCAUGUUGGAUCGAGAUGAGGACAUGCUGAUAAGUGGUGGGAGACAUCCUUUCCUGGGGAGGUACAAGGUUGGUUUCAUGAAGAAUGGAAAAAUCAAGAGUUUGGAAGUCUCAUACUACAGCAAUGGGGGCAACUCUGCAGACCUCUCUCAUGGUGUCAUGGAUAGAGCCCUGUUACAUUUGGAUAACUCCUACAACAUCCCCAAUGUCAGCAGCAUGGGCUUUAUAUGCAAGACCAACUUGUCUUCCAACACAGCCUUCCGUGGCUUUGGAGGUCCCCAAGGAAUGAUGAUUGCUGAGUGCUGGAUGAGUGACCUUGCUCGGAAGUGUGGCCUACCACCUGAGGAGGUACGGAAGAUCAACCUGUAUCAUGAAGGAGACCUGACUCAUUUUAACCAAAAACUGGAGGGAUUUACUCUACGGCGAUGUUGGGAUGAGUGUUUGUCAAGCUCUAACUAUCAUGCCAGGAAGAAACUAAUUGAAGAAUUCAACAAACAGAAUCGCUGGAAGAAAAGAGGGAUGUGUGUUAUUCCUACCAAAUUUGGCAUCAGCUUCACUGUCCCGUUUCUGAAUCAGGCUGGAGCUCUGGUCCAUGUAUAUACAGAUGGCUCUGUAUUACUUACACAUGGUGGGACUGAGAUGGGUCAAGGACUUCACACCAAAAUGAUCCAGGUUGCUAGCAGGUCACUGGGAAUCCCUACCUCCAAAAUUUACAUCAGUGAGACCAGCACAAACACUGUCCCUAAUACCUCCCCAACAGCUGCAUCUGUCAGUGCUGACAUCAAUGGGAUGGCUGUUCAUAAUGCAUGUCAGACCAUCUUAAAAAGACUUGAGCCAAUCAAACAGUCUAAUCUCAAGGGGUCCUGGGAAGACUGGAUUAAAACCGCCUAUGAGAACUGCAUUAGUCUGUCAGCCACAGGAUUUUAUAGAAUUCCUGACGUUGGCUACAACUUUGAAACGAACAAAGGGAAGCCAUUCCAUUACUUCAGUUAUGGUGUUGCCUGCUCCGAGGUUGAGAUAGAUUGCCUGACAGGUGACCACAAGAACAUCCGCACAGACAUUGUUAUGGAUGUUGGCACCAGUCUGAACCCAGCCAUAGAUAUAGGGCAGAUAGAAGGGGCGUUUGUCCAAGGCAUUGGGCUCUUCACCAUGGAGGAGCUGCGCUACUCACCUGAGGGGAACUUGUACACGCGAGGGCCUGGGAUGUACAAAAUCCCAGCAUUUGGAGACAUCCCAACAGAAUUUUACGUGUCUCUGCUCCGUGACUGCCCCAACAGCAAGGCAAUUUAUUCAUCCAAGGCUGUGGGAGAGCCGCCUCUGUUCCUGUCUGCUUCAGUGUUUUAUGCCAUCAAAGAUGCUAUCUACUCAGCAAGGGAAGACUCUGGUGUGACAGAACCAUUCAGGCUGGACAGCCCUGCCACCCCAGAGAGGAUCCGCAAUGCCUGUGUGGACACCUUCACAAAAAUGUGCCCUUCUGCUGAGCCAGGGACCUUUAAGCCAUGGUCUGUGCGUGCGUAAAAGGAAAGCUGGAGGAGCAAACUCUCCUCGUGAAACAGUCUUACAAUGGAGGGCCCACAAAGCACUGGGACUAUAAUGGAAAGAAAAAAAUCCAUGUUCAUGUGACUCAUCUACCAUGAUUCAUAGAAUUUUCACAUUUAAUUGCUCAACCACUGUUCCUCUCAGAGAGGAGUUUGCUGCCAGAUCAUAGCUGUGAUGUAGAUUUGAAUGAAGAGUAAAGUGGAAGGUGAUGUUAUCCAGGUAUAGUUGAAAGCUGCAUUACAUUUCAUUUAGAAUUGUUGCACAGAUGGGAGACACUCUUACUUACCAUCUGCCAGAUGGUAUGAAGUAACAUGGUUAUUGUUUUGGGGGUUGCUUGUUUGUUUUAAAUUGUGGAAAGAGAAUUAUCACCUUGUCACUUUGCACUGUUAUGCCAAGAAGGACUUAAAAGCACUAAACCCAGAAAAACAGUUCUGUAAUGGUGAUGGGAAAAGGCAUGAGGUGAGGAAGACUGGACCCUACAGCACAACCGCUAGAUAUACGCCAGAGGAAAAUAAGGAAGAACAUUGAUGUUAGCUUACUGUGAUGAAAGUCAUGUAUAUGAUGGUGGUGGUUUAGAGGGAGACCUUAAAAUGUGACCAAUAGCUGAUUUAUCUGAAGUUGCAUGAGGAUUGCUUUGUCUAUGACAAAGGUUUAAUGAAAUCUUAGUUCUUGUGCCGCUUGUGUUCUCUGACUAAAGAUAAAAACUCAAGAUGCCAAGACUUCUAGCAAGAGGUUGAUUCAUUUGGCACGUUCAGCCUAUUUCCUGCGCUUCUCUCCCUCAUCUCUUAAACAGAAGAGGACAUCAGAGAAAGGAUCUUGGAGUCAUCAAAUGGUUCUGACCAUUGUUCCCAUGGGAAUGUGUGCCAGCCGGGGUGAGGGUCUGGACAAAGCUGGGGGAUGAGUUGGCUCUGGGCAUUCUCUAGGGUCAGUCUCUUACUUUCAUUCCAUGGCCUUGCCACCUUUUCAAGACAACCCUUAGUUUUGCUGAAUGUAAAGAAACUUUGUAUGUUUAGUGAAAAGGAUUGCCUGUCCAGAAAAAGGUGCUGAUUAUGUGAUGAGCUCAUGAUGUGUUUUUGGGGUGCAUGCGUUUUUUGGCAUUGGAUUUAAAGGUGGGCAUUCUUCUGCGCAGGUUUUGUCACUGUCAGAUUUAACACAGCAGCAUGUUUUCUCUAGAUGAUGCCAUGUACUGUACCUCCUCAUCAUGUGCAAACUUUCUCUGGCCCACAACUCUAUGAAAAUGUCCCUUUCCUGUUAGCACUCCUAGGGCCAUCAAUAAAUACAAUGCAAGAGAAUGCAACUGCAUUGUCUUGAAUGAGAAUUUGCUUACAUAUGUCCUACUUAAAAUUGGCCUCUGUCUUAGGACUUAGGUAGAAAUAAUCUCUGAAGCACUCCAGGACAUACAGCUUGGAAAUAUGUAGGUGUAAUUCUCAGUUCUAAUUGCCAGUUUUCACAGGGUUGUUAAGACCUAUCCAUGCCCUCAUGGCUUUGGCAAACAGAGGCUGGACUCCAAAGCCAUGCUGCUGCUUUAAAACAAAACAUUAUAUGGAAUUAGAAGUGUUGUGGGUUGUAGUCUAACAACCACUUAUGAAGACUUUUUAUUUUAAUCUACAAAAUUUGAAAGACAUCUUUUGUAGCCAAAAGGGCAACGUGUCCCUUGUCUGAAGUUCCAUCUAUUUCAAAUACUAUUCCUGCUCUCACUUCUAGGUUAGCAAAAUGGGUGUUCUACCAACACCAACAGGUACAAAUAAGAACAGUUCCAUCUGUCUCUGUGCAGAGAGCAGGAAAAAGAUUUGUAACCUGCUUCAUAACAAUAUAUUUGAAUCUCCGUACACAGUUUAUAUUUUGUCGGUAGGCAAAAGAGAAGAAAAGUAAGUGUAAGCACUCAGUCAACUAUUGAUAUGAGAGUCUGAGCAAGCAACUGCAAGAUUCACCACAGUAAUUGCAUGAGUCAAUGGUCUGCCUGAAAAUGAAGGUAGAUUUCAGUGCCAUUGCUGUGAGCAUAUAUUAAUAAACACAGCACAGAAGUGGUGGGUUUUUUUGUCUGUAUGGUGGAGAGGACAGGUAAUCAAUGUCUCUGUGUCCUCAGCUCAGGCUGAACUUUGUACUUGAGUUAAAGACUAAAUGACUGGAGCAGCCCUCUUCUCCCCAUGUGCCCUUGCCAACUUUGCAAGGAUGGGAGUGGGACUGGGAAACUGGGGCAGGGCUCAGCAGGGUGGACUUCAGCAAGCAUGAACUGCUGUGGAUCUACCUUUGCAAGCUGCAGAGUGGUGAGGAUAAACACGCAUCUUGUCAUGUGUAACCUGGUCUGUGACAGAAUUGAGUUUCAGAUACACUGUGGAAAUAAAUUCUAAUUUUGUGAAA